AGAACAAGUUGAACCUCCCCCCCCCCAAAAGAAAGCCAACAGAAAGAGGGAGGGAAAGAAAAGAUAAAGAGCUCGCCAUGCCGAGCCCAACCGCAGCGCCUCGCAGACAGCCGGCCAAUAUCACAAUCAUCCACCCCGACCUGGGCAUCGGCGGCGCAGAACGGCUAAUCAUUGACGUUGCGCUUGCGCUGCAGAAGAACGGACACAGCGUCACGAUCUACACGUCGCACCGGGACGAGGCGCAUUGCUUUGAAGAAGCGCGGGACGGAACGCUGGAUGUGAGAGUUCGCGGCCACACGGUGUUUCCUGCGCAUGUGGGCGGGCGGUUGUUUGUGCUCAUGGCGAUUCUGAGACAGCUGCAUCUUGGGUGGGAGCUUUUGGGGGAUUUAGCUGGGAAGACUGGGGGUGCAAAGGCCAAUGGUAGUGAGGGUGAGGGUGAGGGUGAGGGUGAGGAUGGGGAUCGAGAUGAGAUCUUCAUCGUGGAUCAGGUUCCGGCUUGUGUGCCUUUCUUGAAGGCUUUCGGGCCGCGGAUGCAGCAGCAGCAGCAGCAGCAGAAACAAAAACCAGGGAAAGGAAAGCAGCGGAUUCUGUUUUAUUGCCAUUUUCCGGAUCAGUUGCUUGCGCGGCGCGACGAGGGCGGCUCGCUGUUGAUGUUGGCCAAGUCGCUUUAUCGCUUUCCGUUUGAUUGGUUUGAAGGGUGGGCGAUGAGUGCUGCGGACAAAGUUGUGGCGAACUCGCGGUUCACGAGGGGGGUUGUGCGGGAGGUCUUUGGGAGUGGGGAAUUGGGGGACGUGAGUGUUGUUUAUCCUUGCGUGGAUGUUGGUGCUCCGUUGGGAAGUGAGAAGACGAGGUCAUCAUCUAGUCACAAGGAGGGCAGGCUCUGGGCCGGGAAGAAGAUUAUCUUGAGCGUGAAUCGGUUCGAGAGAAAGAAAGAUCUUGCGCUUGCCAUCCGAGCGUAUUAUGGUCUUGGGAAGGGAAAACGGAAAGGGACCAGGCUGGUUAUUGCCGGGGGCUACGAUAAUCGAGUCCAGGAGAACGUCCAGUACCAUAAAGAGCUGGAUGAACUGGCGACUGGGCUUGGGCUGCAGACUGCGACGUCCAAGACCGUGGUAUCGGCGCUCUCCGUCCCAGAUUCGAUAGAUGUUCUGUUCCUCCCGUCUGUACCUACAGCGUUCCGAGACACGCUGCUCUCGCAAGCCAAACUUCUCCUUUACACACCCAUCAACGAGCAUUUCGGUAUAGUUCCCGUUGAGGCAAUGCGCGCGGGUAUCCCGGUUCUGGCCUCCAACACUGGCGGCCCGUUGGAGACAAUCGUCGAAGGCGAAACGGGCUGGCUCCGCGACGCAAAGGUCGAUGCUGAUUGGACGGCUGUCAUUAGAAAGGUACUCUAUGAGAUGGACCAGGAAGAGCUGGACCGCAUGUCAGCGCUCGCGAAGAAGCGGGUAGAAAGCGAAUUCUCUCUUACGGCCAUGGGCGAGAAACUGGAGCACGAAAUCUCAGAUAUGCUUGGCCGUGAGCGACGCCAGUUCAACGGAUUCCAGCAGAUCCUCGUCUUCUUGGCCGUGUCUGGGAUAGCGCUUUCUGUGAUUUUCGUGAUAGUCCUGCGGAUGAUUUAAUGUACAUACUAAACCUAAUAAUACCCAUGUUAUGGACGUUCUCCGCCUUCCUUUCUAGAAAACGAGGAGGGGAUCCAUGAUAUCCUAGAGGAAGGAAGAGUCGACUUUGACAAG